GCGGCCAAAAACAAACAUGGUGGCGCACUGUUCCAGGUGCGGAGGAGUGUUCACGCCGCAGAGAUGCUGAGCCUCAUCUUCGUCUUCCUCCUCUUCGCGGGGCGCGUGUCGGCCUCGGACGCUAAAGUUUCUCAGGAUGAGCACAGACACACCGAGAGCUUCCUCACGUCCCUGUGGCACAACCGACUCUACCUGUACUCGGCUGCUGCUCUGGUGUUCGGGGUCUGGUUCUCCCUGAAGGUGGCUCUGAAGAAGAAAAGCUUCUCCAAGCCCGUCGGUCCGUGGGUCUACAAAGCUGUGCAGAACAACGACCGCCCUGACUCUGUGGAGUACGUGUCGGGAGUUAAGAUCUUCUACGGUUCACAAACUGGAACAGCAAAGGGUUUCGCAAAAGAGCUGUCGGAAGAGGUGAAGACUUUGGGAAUACCAGUGGAGGUGACUGACAUGAAAGACUACGAUCCAGAUGAUCGACUGGCUGAUGAGUGCACCAGUAAGUCGGUCUGCGUGUUCCUUGUGGCCACGUACACGGACGGACAGCCCACAGAGAACGCAGAGUGGUUCUGUAAGUGGCUGGAGGAGGCGUCCACUGACUUCCGAUACGGGAAGACCUUCCUCAAAGGCCUCAGAUACGCAGUAUUUGGUCUGGGCCACUCUGUCUACGAAGGCCACUACAACACGGUGGGUACAAAUGUGGACAAGUGGCUCUGGAUGCUGAGCGGCAUGCGGAUCAUGACCCGAGGAGAGGGCGACUGUAACGUGGUGAAAAGCCGUAAUGGCAGCAUCCAGGCCGACUACCAGGCCUGGAAGGGGAAGUUCCUGGACCGGCUACAGGCCCUGGCCAAGGGAGAGAAGAAGAGCGGCAACAGGGACUCUAAAACUGGAGGCUCCUGUAAGAAUCAGAGAGAAGAUGGACACGUGGUGGAGGAGCAGGAGGAGGAGGCAGCGCCGCAGGAAGUCAGCUCCGAGGAAGAGCUGAUGGAAUCCAGCAGUGAUGAGGACGAGUCAGGGCUGCAGGAUGAGAAGAAAUCCGGUUCAGUGGUGGACAUGGAGGAUCUGGGCAACAUCAUGAACAGCAUGAAGAAAGCCAAGAGCAAAGAGGAGGGUCGAGGAGGCGGACAGAUGGUGAAGCUGUCGAAGCUGAAUGGAGUGAAGAAGACUGAGGAUGAAGAGGAGAGGAGAGAGAUGAUCACCCCGGCCCUGAGAGAGGCACUGACCAAACAAGGCUACAAACUAAUUGGAAGUCACUCAGGAGUGAAGCUUUGUCGAUGGACCAAGUCUAUGUUGCGAGGGAGAGGAGGCUGCUACAAACACACUUUCUACGGGAUCGAGUCCCACCGCUGCAUGGAAACGACCCCCAGCCUCGCCUGCGCUAACAAGUGCGUCUUCUGCUGGAGACAUCACACCAACCCGGUGGGCACAGAGUGGCGCUGGAAGAUGGACCCAGCAGAGAAAAUCCUGCAGGAGGCCGUGGAGAAGCACCAGAGCCUCAUUCGACAGUUCAGAGGGGUUCCUGGCGUGAAGCCCGAGCGCUACGAGGAGGGUUUGGCAGUCAAGCACUGUGCCCUCUCCCUGGUGGGCGAGCCAAUCAUGUACCCCGAAAUCAACACCUUCAUCCGCCUCCUCCACUCCCAACGCAUCUCCAGCUUCCUGGUCACAAAUGCACAGUUUCCAGAGGAAAUCAGGACCCUGGUGCCAGUUACCCAGUUAUACGUGAGUGUGGACGCGAGCACCAGAGACAGCCUGAAGAAGAUUGACCGGCCGCUUUUCAAGGACUUCUGGCCACGUUUCCUGGACAGCCUCAAGGCCCUGGGAGAGAAGAGACAGAGGACGGUGUACAGACUGACGCUGGUGAAGGCCUGGAACGUGGAGGAGAUGCUGUCGUACUCGGAGCUCAUUUCUGUGGGUCAGCCGGACUUCAUUGAGGUCAAGGGGGUGACGUACUGUGGGGAGAGCUCUGCCAGCACCCUGACCAUGGCCAACGUCCCCUGGCACCAGGAGGUGGUCGCCUUCGUCCAGCAGCUCGCCGACAUGCUGCCUCAGUACGAGAUCGCCUGCGAGCACGAGCACUCCAACUGUUUGCUCAUCGCACACACCAAGUUCAAGGUGGCCGGCGAGUGGUGGACGUGGAUCGACUACGAGCGUUUCCAGGAGUUAGUCCGGGCCCACGAGGAGAGCGGGGGCCAACGGAGCUUCUCGGCCUUGGACUACACCGCUAAGACCCCGAGCUGGGCUCUGUUCGGAGCCUCCGAGCAGGGAUUCGACCCGACGGACACGCGCUUCCAACGACGCAACAAAACCAAAGACAUCUCAGGAUGCUGAUAGAGAGAGAGAGAGGAUGGACAGAGCGGGUACUGAUUGCGAAAGAAUAAGCCUCGAUGAUGAUUUUAUUCCCGUUCACUUUGAGUGGACAGUUACUUUUUUACAGCUGCUUUCAUUCCCAUCUACACUUAUAUUCUGUCCCUUGAUCUUUAAUCGUUUUGGCUCCACCAGACACUUCCCUCUCACUUCCUCCCUUACAUUCCCCUUCGCGGUUAUUUUGACCUGCUUCUUCUUUUGUUCGUACAUGUUUAUAGAUGUUCUCCCUCUCUUUCCGUUCGAAGGAGUCACUGUUAUAAAUGUCUCUUGAUUUAAUCUUUAUGAGUCUGGCAGCACUUGGGGAGAUUUUACCCGGUUGAAGUGGAACCUGGUGGAGCCUCCACAUCAUCAGCCUCAUUUCUGAUGUGUUGUUUAUAGCCCAGGACAUGAUUAGCAUGUGAGGAGCGUCUCUUUCACUUCUCCUCCGUCUCCUCCGUGGGAGUUGCACAUCUUUCCCGGACACCUUUUGCUCUUCCACCUACUCAUUAGGACGGUGGCUGCGUCUCCUCCGCAGUGAGAGAGGAGCAUCAAAGCUGCACCUCCACUGGGAGAGUCUCUUUACAGAAACAGGCUUCUUCUCACUGCGCUCUUUGUGUUUUGCUUCUUUUUUUUACCCCCAGUACAAUUGUUGCUCUGUUGCACAUUCAUCCAGCGUCGGCUUCGCUCGGUUUCAAAGCUCCGAGCCUGGAACGUUCAAGCUUUCCACAGACGGUUUACACCAGUCGUACAGGUUUGCUCUACAUAAGUAGAAAGUGGGUUAUAUUACACAACAUUCCAACGUUAUAAUGAUUGUAUUUGACUUAUUUCAGUAUCUUGAUGUUGAAAACACUUUGGGUAACACUGCUUGACGAAGUAGGGGGGGGGGAUUUCAGUCUCAGGAAAACAAAGCCAUCAGAAGCUGCUUUCAGUCAUGCACCCACAUUUUCCUGAAAUUUUCCAGAGGGGUCGGAUGUCGGAUGUCAGACGUCCAAAUAUCUGAGUGGCUGCAGAUAUUUGUAUAUCUGGAAAAUUCACAAGAAUUCAAAUAUCUCAGGAUGAAAAAUAUGAGCUGUACAUGAAGACGUCAACUUGUUAAGACAAAGACAAAAGAGGGUUUUGGACGAUAAAGUCCUGACGCCUGUCGAUGUUCUGUACAUAGGCUCCACCCCUCGCCUGAACGUCCCGGACUCAGGAAAAUGUCCGCACCCAGUUUUCCAGAGUUCAUGUCUGAAACCGGCUUUGUUCUAGUACGUUACAGAAGGUUAUGGUCCUGAAUCCUCUCAUGACUUCACGUCUCCCAGCUCUUUGGUGAAUAGACACAACACUGGGCUCAUAAACAGUUAAUCUGAUCCAGGGUCAGUCCCCAUCCAGGAGAAUGUAGGAGCAUCACGAGCAGUCAUGUUACUUCAGUCCAGCGUUUCUGAGGAAAAAAGCCUUUACUGAUAUUUUAGUUUACGUUUAUUUUAAUGUGUUGUCUUUUUGAAUGUGAACCCAGAUGUUAACGUUUGAUUUAGAUGUGUGUUUCUGUCGGGAUGUUGCAGGUGUGUGGAAACUGUCACUGUAAUAAAUGUGUUGGUAAUAA